UCAUCUCGAAUUUUCGGACGAUGAGUGGAAACGGUGGGCAUCGCAGUAAGUUUGGGUCGCUGAUAGGCGUCCUCUACGUUGGACACACGUGCUGCAAAUGUCUGAUUUACGCCACAAGAAAUGCCGAGGUGCUCACUUGCCACGAAUCGUCCUUCGAAUGUUUGUCGCCACAGUCAGGAUGGGUUGAGGUGGACCCGCUGGCUGUAUGGGAGACGGCACGGAUGUGUCUGGAAACGGCCGUACAGAAUCUUAUCAUACUAGACAUUAAUCCGCACGAUAUUGUAGCCCUUGGUGUGUGUAAUCAACGCGAAACGACUGUACUAUGGGACAAGACGACGGGUGAACCGCUGUGCAAUGCAAUCGGCUGGUGUGAUACUCGAACAUCGAGCGUGGUCGGAAGCAUACUGCAGCGUGUACGUGGGAAGAAAAAUUACUUAAAAUCGGUUUGCGGCUUGACGGUGAGCAAUUGUUUCAGUGCGGUAAAAAUUCGUUGGAUGAUGGAAAAUGUGACUGGAGUGCAGCAAGCGGUAGACGAUGGGCGGGCUGCGUUUGGGACGCUGGAGAGUUGGAUUAUAUGGAUGCUGACGGGAGGCGUUGAGGCGGGUAUACACGUAACGGACGUGACCAAUGCAUCCCGAACGAUGCUCAUGAAUCUGGAACGGUGCGUGUGGGAUGAACGGUUGUGUCGGUUCUUUCGCAUUCCAAGCAAAAUUCUGCCAGAAAUUCGUAGCUGCUCCGAGGUGUACGGAUACAUUAACGAUGGUCCACUUGGUGGCGUACCUAUUGCGAGCUGUCUCGGUGAUCAGCAGGCCGCCCUGCUAGGACAAAUGUGCAUCAACGCAGGUCAAGCAAAUUGUACGAUCGAUGAAGGUAUGUUCGUGCUGUUUAACACUGCCCAGGAAAUUAUCGACUCCGACCAUGGAUUGCUGUCGACGGUAGCGUUUCAGCUUGGUCCCCGUGGGGCCGUAUAUUACGCGCUCGAAGGAGCAAUAGCACACGCCGGAUCAUCGAUCAGUUGGCUUAGGCAAACGCUAGCCCUCGAACCAGUAUCGGCUGAACCGAUGAUUAACAGUGUGACCGGUAUGUUUCCCGAUGGCACCACUAAUACUCAGCUAGUAGCUUCGUUUUGUUCCGUAAGCUCACCGGUUCCACCGUACGGUGAGUCGAAACCGCUUACCAGCAGCAGUGGUCCUCGUGGUGGCGUAAUUUUCGUACCUGCAUUCAGUGGAUAUUACACGCCGUACUGGCGUUACAAGGCACGAGGCAUGAUGUUUGGUAUUACGCUCCAAACAACACCACAGCAAAUUAUGUACGCCGCGCACGAAGCCAUCUGCCAUCAGGUGCGUGAAGUUUUGGAAUCGUUGGCAAAGGAUUGCCCUACUUGGCCCCGGCUAACGAAACUAACCGUCGGUGGUGAUCUAAGCGAGCAACGCUUUCUGGUGCAAAUGUUGUCCGAUUUAAGUGGGCUGCUGGUAGAACGACCGCAAACAUCAACACCGGCCUGUCUUGGAGCGAUGCUUGCUGCGGGGCUGGCCACCGAAAUACUGUCCAUCGAUCAGUUUCGCCAAAACUGUGUUCCACCGGUGGAUGUUUUCAGCACUGCAUACAAUUCUAGUCAGAGAGAUAUGAAGUUUCGCCGUUGGAAAAUGGCUGUCGAUCGAUGUUUAAACUUUGACUCCGUGUCGGACAGUGAUCCGGUCAAGCUGAUCGGUGACGGGCGUGAUCCAGAUUCGUUCGUCCGCUGCUCGAUUCCCGGAUCGGUUUUUGUCGUUUCCUCGUUCGUGCUUGUUGUGGUCGCACAGCUGAUGAAGCAAAACGGUUUCACGUAGCUGCA